GUGACCCUAGCAAGUUAAUACAUUCCCGCGCAAUGAAGCUUCCGGCACCAGAACUUCUUCAACAAGUCCACGUUCCCCUCAAUGGGGGACAGCCCGAGCCUAUAGCUUCCUUCAACUCUGCAAAAGCAGCAUACACCCAAGAUCGAGAGGCCGUCCAAGAAAGCUUGUUGCGAUUAUGCUCUGUGAGCUCAUGGCACAAGAGCUCAAGAUCGGCGUUUGUUCCCCAGCCAGUUCUCAUCUCUUCGGUGCACCAGCGCCAAUGGAAGGCACUCAACGAGGCUCUAGUCUUGGCUAUAACUGACAUUGUCGAGAAUUGGUGGACGGACUCGGAGUCGAGAUUUCCAGAACGUAUGCCUCUGGAACCUGCAGAAGAAGACCUCCUUCGUUGGAUCGACAGCCAAGUUCCCGACAAUCUGCCACCAUACCGAGAGUGUCGCGGAUCGUGGAGACCAGACUUCCUGAUUGAAAAAGACAACUCUGAAAGCAGCCCGGGCUCUGUGGAGAAUUUCCGAAUUAGUGAAAUCAACGCUCGAUUUUCCUUCAAUGGGUUGAUGUUUGCUGCUUGCGGACAACAGGCUUUUAAAGAGCAAGGUAUCUGUGACGGAGGCAAUGGUUUGGUCGGUGCGACUGAGCCCGAAAAGUUCCUGGGAGGCCUUUUGAGCCUUUUUAAUCCCGACUUGCCAUUGCACCUCCUCAAAGGAGACGAACAAGGCGUUGACAUUCAUAUGAUUGUCGCAUUUCUCAGAACACGUUUUGGAAUCAGCCCUCGCUUCGUGCUGCCGGAUGAUCUUCGACUGGUGCCAUAUGCACAAAACAAAAGCGGUUACAAACUCUGUUGUGUGGUUAAGAAAGCUGAGAUUGAGGACACCGGACGCUUAGCCUCAGUGUUUUAUCAUGAUGGUGAGGCCGUGGAAGAGAUUCAUCAGGUUGGUCUUGAGCUCCACCAGAGAGAAAUUCGGGCUCUGAGUCCGGAGAUGCUCCGCCAAAUUAGUCUCAGAUGUUUCAAUGACAUGCGUACUAUUUUGCUGGUCCACGACAAGCGGAUGCUCGGGAUAGUCAGGCAGCAACUCGACUCUUUAGUGGAAAGGAACGUCAUUACGCAUGCACAAGCGAAGAUUCUUGACCAUGGCAUUGCUGAUACAAUACUCCCUGGCUCCUCGGAACUAGAGCAGUUCGUUGGAUCUUGCAAGGAAAACCCUGAACUCAAGCAAGACUACAUCCUGAAACCGAUUCGAAGUGGAAAAGGCGAUGGCAUUGUGUUUGGCGAAGACAUUGACCCCACUGAAUGGGUGUCAAGAUUGGAAGGUUUGCGCUCCUCAACGUUUGCCCUUGGUGAUGGCAUCUGCAUUGUCCAGCGCAAGAUCAACCAGAUUCAGUAUGAUUUGAUCCUGGGCCCAAUGGGCGUCAAGGCCAGCCACACCGCCGAAAUAUCGAACAUACUUCGCACAAGCGGCAUUCUCAAAGUCAGUCUUCAAUUUGAGGACGACUCCAGCCGGUAUCUUCAGAAGCUUGUUCAGGCUCUUCACGAUCACCACGACCACGGACUCCCCAUCACCCACAGUGCAUCUCGCGGCUGGUUCUGGGACAUCCGGCCUAACAGCACCACAUUCCAAACACCAUCGCAUCAGGCCCGGUCAGAGACCAUGGAGGAGUUUCCGUGGCACACUGACUGCAGCUACGAAGAGGCGCCACCCCGGUUCUUUGCCUUACAGGUCCUGCGAGAAGACCGCUGUGGCGGCGGGACGCUCUCCGUGAUGAAUGUCGGAAAACUCAGCUCACUCCUCUCGCCGUCAACUUGCGCUACUCUCCUCCGACCCGAAUUCCGCAUUAACGUCCCACCGGAGUUUGUGAAGCAUGAUGCGAAACGUUAUAUUGUGGGGAGUUUGAUGGCUACUGGUGCAGAGGGAUUGCCUAGUAUAAUUCGCUUCCGUGAGGAUAUUCUCACCCCUUUGACAGCCGAGGCUGCGCUUGCGCUGCAGGAAUUGAAGGAGUGCUUGCUGGGGCUGAAGGUGCAGGCUGAGAUGGUCCAUCUUACGCCGAAAUGUUUACCAAGGGGCUCUGUGAUUUUGAUGGAUAAUUAUCGGUGGAUUCAUGCUCGCACACAUGUCAUGGACCCUGAACGCCAUUUGCGGAGGGUUCGGUGGGACGCGAGGCCCUUCUCCUCUGUUUGUAUUUAG